CGGGUUGUGUUGUGUGAUGCGGGACGGUGUGAGAGAGAGGGGUUGACUGUCUCCUCGUUCCUCAGUCCUUCCCGCACGGAAACCUAUUAAUGAUAUUAGGGGGAUUACAGUCACCUCGGGGGGUUUCUGCAGUCCGAAACAAGUCGGCUCUCUAUCUGUUAUUGGGGAAUGAACGACGAGAAAAGCCCGGAUAGCGGCAAGAGAAACUCUGGGUAUACCAGUAUUGAGCAAAUGCUGGCUGUGAACCCCGGGAAGACGCCCAUCAGUCUGCUGCAGGAAUAUGGAACGCGGAUAGGCAAGACUCCAGUGUACGACCUGCUGAAGGCUGAGGGUCAGGCCCACCAGCCCAACUUCACCUUCCGCGUGUCUGUGGGAGACAUCAACUGCACUGGCCAGGGCCCCAGCAAGAAAGCUGCCAAGCACAAAGCUGCCGAAGCUGCCCUGAAAAUGCUGAAAGGAGGAAUGCUGGGAGGGAUUGGAGGGAAUGGGAUGGAUGGAGAAGGGUUUAUCGGGAUUGAUAUGGAGGGAGAAUGCCUUCAGUCAGAGAUGAAACCAUCCAGUUCAACACAACAAGCUGAGUGCAAUCCAGUCGGAGCUUUGCAGGAACUAGUAGUGCAGAAAGGCUGGCGUUUACCUGAGUACACAGUCACUCAAGAAUCUGGGCCUGCACACCGCAAAGAGUUUACAAUGACCUGCAGGGUGGAGAGAUUUGUUGAGAUAGGUAGUGGCACAUCAAAAAAGCUUGCUAAAAGAAAUGCAGCUGCAAAGAUGCUCUCUCGUAUCUAUGAUGCACCAGUGGACAUGCGUAGCAGCCAUGAGGCCGAAGCAGAAGAUGACACCUUCAGUAUACAAAUAGGUGGCAGAGUAGACGGAGGGAAGUCUAAAGGUCUCGGUUGCACAUGGGACUCUCUGCGGAACUCUGCCGGGGAGAAGAUCCUACAGUUGCGCUGUCAUCCUCUGGGCCAACCUGACUCCAAUGACUCCAAUUUUUGUUCUCUCCUUCGUGAGCUCUCUGAGGAACAACGCUUUGAUGUCAGCUACCUUGACAUAGAGGAGCGCAGUUUGAGUGGCCUUUGCCAGUGUCUGGUGGAGUUGUCCACGCAGCCCAUUACCGUCUGCCACGGAUUCGCCUCCAGCCUUGAUGCAGCACGUGUCAGCGCUGCCCACAACGCCCUUCAGUACCUCAAGAUCAUGGCAGGGGGGAAAUAAACCACAGCAACAGCUCUCCUGUAACAUUUUUUUUGUUUUCUUUUUGCUACCCAGAGGAAAAUAGGAAAAUCAGGUGAAUUGAAGCUUACCUCUCCUGCUCCCAGUUGUGUAAUACGAGGGGCUUGUUUGUUGUCAGUAGGUGCACUAUAAUUGCAAGGCCCUUGUGUUUGAGUCCUUACUGCUAGCAGCUGUGAAAUCAGUUGGAGGACGUACUGAUUUUCUCAUUUUCACCUUGAAUAUGACACCAAAAGUGUGUACCCUUGCUCCUCAGUGCCUCUAAACAAAGGCAGGGGACACUUAAUUUGAAACCUGAGAACAAAGAAUCACAGGUGUUCAAUGUGAGUGAAUUUAUCUCUGCAAUUCAUCUGGAAAGUGUCAUAUGUAUUUCUUAACAAAUAACUGAACUUUGCCCAGAAGUUUUCAUCUUUUAACUUUCCCUCUGAAUUUUUUUUUGUUUUUUUCAUUUAAAUUAUGGCAUAGAGAAUUUGCUCUGUGACCUUGAUGAAUUGAUGAACCUAGGACAGCAUGACUUUUUUAACUGUAAAUAUUUCACUUUUGUACAAUUUAUUUUCAUUAUAUUUUAGUAAUAGAAGUUAUUCAUUAACAUUUAGUUUGCUUCAUAGAACGUGUUAGUAAAAUAAAGCUUUUCUCUCGGCUAUUGAAAAUAAUAUAAUUUUUAACAUUGGCCUGACAGUCAAGUGGUAAAUAUCUACCUCUGUGCAAGUGUUUCUGCCUCACAGGCUUCAUCAUUACAUUUGGACUGGCAAAGAUUGAAUUGUUCAUAUUCAAUAUAAUAGUAUAUGACCAACAACAGUAGUAUGUGACUGUGUGACAACUGAUGUAAUUUGUACCAAAUUGGUGAAUCUGUGAUCUAUUGAAUAUUUUAUCUUGAACAAUAAACUUGAAAUUGACAUUA